AUGGCGGAGACGCUGAGGCGGGUGCUAAGUCGCGGUAGCGCGGCCUGUUCUGGAGAGGAGAACGCGGCUGAUGUAGGACCGCCUUUGUUACUGCUUGGCGCUCCGGGCUCUGGAAAAACAGCGCUGCUCUUCGCAGCGGCCCUGGAGGCGGCGGGGGAGGGCCGAGGCCCAGUCGUCUUUCUGACCCGUACGCCUCUUCAAAGACUCCCCUGUGGUACCCGAGCUGCGCUCGACCCGAUGCGACUCCAGAAGAUCCGCUUCCAGUAUCCACCCUCAACCCGAGAACUUUUCCGGUUCCUGUGCUCGGCCCAUGAGUCCUCAGGGCCAGCCCCCUCCCUUCUGCUUCUGGACGGCCUGGAGGAGUACCUAGCAGAAGAUACGGGGCCUGACGAAUCCUCCUACCUGGCUGCCCUGCUUCUGGACACAGCUGCCCACUUCAGUGACCGGAUUGGGCCUGACCGGGACUGUGGCCUCGCGGUGGCCUUCCAGACUCAGGAGGAGCCUGAUAGUGGGGAUUCCCUGCAUCUGGCACUUCUGCAGCGGUAUUUUCCUGCCAGGUGCUGGCUACAGCCAGAUGCAUCAGAUCCAGGAGAGCACCGCAUUCGGGCCUGCCUGGAGCCAGGCGGCCUGGGCCCCAGGACAGAGUGGUGGGUGACUUUUCCACCACGUGGAGAGAUGACAGUCACCCCCUGGCACACACGGGCUGGUGACCCCAGCUCAGACAAAGGUUCAAGAUCUGAAGGGCACCCCUGAGCUUUGGUGUGUGACAACUUUUACAUGCCUUAGUUUCUCGUGGCUGGAAUAUUUACCUCAGAGACAUGUACAAAUUCAAAGACCUAAAGAAUGUAAAGUGCUUUUUCUUAUUAAA